AUGGUAAAAUCGACUAAAAAUCAAACAGCAAACACUAAACCACUCAAACCAAACAACAAUAAAAAGAAAGUUUUCAAGAAAAACAAAUCCGUAAACAAACAACCUAAAUUAGAAAAAGGCGUUAGUGGUGAGAUCGAAUACGAAGAAUUAGGUGACAUUGAUAGCUGGGAUUGGAACGAAUCUGUCAAUGAUACCUUUGUAUCUGAUGAAUUAGGUGGAUUCUUAUGUUUAGAAGAAAUUAGUGACGUAGAAAUAGAAUAUGAAGGUGAUGAUGCAACUGGUAAAGUUGCAAAAUUUAAGAGAAUCAAAAAAGAAGAUCGUAAAAAGGGGAAAAAAGCUGAACCUACAGCUCCUUUGAGCUUAGAAGAAACAAAAAAGUACUAUGAUUUGGAUACAUUUGACGAGGAAUUAGCCACUAAGGAAGAAGGAAUGACUGAGGAAAAUACAUCUGAGGAAAAGACAGAAGAAGGAGAAAAGAAUGAGUCUACAGAUAACGAAAUAAAAGAGAAUAGUAUUACAAAGGAACCUGCAAAAGACAAGCAAGAACAACAGCCUGUUGAAAAAAAGACAAAAGCUCAAAAAUUGUUAGAGAAAAAGAAGAAAGAAUUGGAAAGACUUCAAACUCAAGUGAAGCAACUCGAGGAACAAGCUAAAAAUGAAACUGAAGUGAAGCAACUUGAAGAACAAGCUAAAAAUGAAACUCAAGAAGGUGAAAAGAAGCCUAUGAAUAAAAGGGAGAGAUUAGCAGCUAAAAGAAAGGCUCAAGAAGAAGAGGAGAAAAAGAAAGAACAGGAAAAGAAACCCCGUCGUCCUACUUUAGAAGAUGUAGAUCAAACUGUCGAUAUUUCAGCUUGGGAUGAUUUAAGUUUAUCAGAGCCUAUUAAGAAUGCACUUAAAUAUAAUCAUUUUACAUCACCUACGCCAAUUCAGAAAAAUGCUUUGCCGUUAGCGUUAAAGGGCCGCGAUAUUAUUGGUUCCGCAGAAACAGGUUCAGGUAAAACUCUGGCAUUUGGUAUCCCCAUUAUCAACUACCUUGCAAACCAUCCAGUUCAUGAGGGCUUGACUGGUCUUAUUUUAACCCCUACAAGAGAAUUGGCGAUUCAGGUUCGCGACCAUAUCGAAAGUAUGGCUGUCUUUAGUAACACUCGUGUCAUUGCUAUCGUGGGUGGCAUGUCAGUUCAGAAGCAAGAACGUUUACUUAACCAAAAACCAGAUAUUAUUGUUGCAACACCAGGCCGUCUUUGGGAACUCCUUUCAGGCAACUCAAAUUAUAUGGAUAUGUUAAAACAUAUUAAAUUCCUUGUACUUGAUGAAGCAGAUCGUAUGUUAGAGAAGGGCCAUUUUGAUGAAUUAAAUAGCGUAUUGGAUGCACUUUCAUCAAAACGACAGAAUACAACUGAAUGGCCCGAGGAAGUUGAUGGAGAUGGUAUUAACAAGAAGAAACUACCUCGACAUGUAGGUGUGCAUCAAACCUUCAUCUAUACCGCUACUUUGUCCAAAGAUAUUCGUUUUAAUGUCAAGGCCAAAAAGAAGAAGUCAAGAGCAACAACAAACACGAUGGAGGACCUCCUUGAACGUAUUGAUUUUGCUGAUAAAGAACCAGCUUUAGUUGAUAUGACUUCAGAAAAUGUCGUUGCUUCUCGUCUUUUAGAAGCUAAAGUCGAUUGUGUUAACACAGAUAAAGACUUGUAUGUCUAUUAUUUUGUAACACGAUAUCCUGGACGUACUAUUAUCUUUGUUAACUCAAUUGAUGCUAUACGUCGUUUAGUUCCUGUAUUCAAGCUACUUCAUAUCGAAGUUCUUGGUUUACAUGCUCAGAUGCAACAAAAGCAGCGUCUUAAGAAUCUUGAUAGAUUUAAAGCAAACCCUAAAGCUGUUUUAGUAGCCUCUGAUGUGGCUGCUCGUGGUUUGGAUAUCCCUUUGGUUGACCAUGUCAUUCAUUAUCAAUUACCUCGUUCCGGUGAAAUUUAUGUACAUCGUUCUGGUCGUACAGCUCGUGCUAAUCAUGAUGGUAUCUCACUUUUGUUAUGUAGUCCUGAAGAAGUUAAGAUUUAUAACAAAUUAUGUCAAACACUGCGUAAGAAUAAGCAGUAUCCUGAGUUCCCUGUUGAUUUAAGUAUUUUAAGAGCGAUGCGUGAACGUGUCAAGUUAGCAUCUGAAAUUGAUUCGAUACAACAUCAAGAAUCGAAACAAUCACAUGAAGUAAAUUGGAUGCGAAAUAUGGCCAAGGAAAUGGAUGUCGAGUUUGAUGAAGAAACGAUGCAAGGUAAGGGACAUCAAAAGUCUGAAGAACAACUUCAAAAGGCCAAAAUGAGAGCAAAGGCUUUAAAACAUGAAUUGGAGGAGCAAUUAAAACAGCCUAUUUUACCUGCUGGUGUAUCUACCAAAUUUUUGACUGGUGGUGUUAUUAAUGACUUGGUCGAAAGACUUUUAAUGAAUGAUACACAAAAAGUUCUUCCUGGUUCUUCUAAUUCAAAAGCAGUCGAAGAUUUACAUUCAGCAAAGAAAAGAAAGACAAAGCAUUAA